CUUAAGUAAUAACAAUUGCCUGCGUUUUCCUCGUUAGUAAUACUGACUUGUCUACUGAGUCAUAGCGGUGCGAACCCGUUACGAAGCGAGUUUGGAAAAAUGCGGACUGCAGUGUAUUUUGUUGUUGUUUUUUGUGUUGCUUGUUGCUUAGCGGAUUAUUUUCAGUCGUCCAGUUAUUUCUGUAAAGAUCAGACGCCACAGAAAAUUGUCGAUAUUACCCAGUUGGAAGGAAUAUGGUACGUCUUAGAGAAAAUUAUACACACAGAAGAGAGACACUACGUGAGAAACAUAUCUACAUGUCCGAUAGUACACAUUUCGGAAGAUCGCAGUCAGUUUACGACAUUUAACCCUCUUCACAAGACUUACGACACCACAUAUGGAUCCGGUUAUCCUUACAACACCAAUCCGUACGACACAACAGGCAGAUAUCCAAUCUCGAAUCCGUACGACCCUUCCAACCGUUACCCCACCAACCCCAACGACUAUUAUAGACAAAAAGAACAGUAUGACAGGCAAACCACGUACAGUGUCGAUCAUCCCCGUUGGAGGGGCAGCCACAAAGACUACAUUCAACAUUUAUACGAAAUGAGAUAUCUUAGACUAUACUGGGACGACUAUGGAUACAGUACCGAAUACCACUUACGGUAUAACGUCAGCAACACGGGAUAUUGGAUCAGUUCAGGACCAGAUGGUUCCGAUCCAAAUCGCGUGGUGGGAAACGUCCAAGUGAUCAAAGCAGUAGGUCAUCACUUAGUGCUUACAUUUUGUCAUCGAUUAGAAGGAAAAACGCAACUGUUCACCGCUAUUUUGUCGAGGGAAAAGAGGUUACAGAAAACAGACCUCUUAGGAGUACAUGGUCUAUUGACGUGGCGGGAUUUAAGCACCAACGCGGUAGAAAGAACAUGCAGCACUGGAUUUAGUAUAAACAUUGCGGCACAAACCUAUUUUAUUUGCCUUUUAAGUGUAUUGUGCUCUUUCAAGCUUUAAAGUGACGAACUGGAGUUUUAAAACGGCGCUGAUUAUUAUAGGUUUUUAUAAAACCUUGCUUGACACUGUGUGGCGAGUUGUGUAAAAUUUAUUAGAAUAUAUAUUUAGCCAUCAAAUUACACUGAUUUCGUUAAAAACUUUGUGUUUU